CACUAAGAAUUGGUAGUAGUACAAAAGCUAGUUACCUGCAGCCUGUAGUGACCAUGGUGAGAACCCCUUGUGACAAUAAUGGAUUGAGAAAAGGUUCAUGGACACAUGAGGAAGACAAAAAGUUGAUUGCUUAUGUUACUAGGUAUGGCUGUUGGAAUUGGCGACAACUACCUAGAUUUGCAGGGCUUGAAAGGUGUGGUAAGAGUUGUAGACUAAGGUGGAUGAACUAUCUAAGGCCAGAUGUCAAAAGAGGGAACUUCAAUCAACAAGAGGAAGAGCUUAUCAUCAAACUUCAUGAAAAACUGGGUAAUAGAUGGACCGUGAUUGCUUCAAAUUUUCCAGGGAGAACCGAUAAUGAGAUAAAGAAUCACUGGCACACUACCUUGAAGAAGCGUUUUGUAAAGAAUAUCAAGUCGAAACGUGGAACGAGAAUAGCAAAAGAUUCAAAUUCAAAUAAUCACCCUACAUUGGAAGAACCUAAGAAAUUUGAAGUAGUUUUAGAGAGCAACAAUGAUCCUAAUAUUGCAAAUCAAAUAUCUCCGCAACCAUCUUCAAGCGAAUUGUCUUGCAUAACAAUGGACAAUGCAAUUCUUGAUGAUAAUGACCUUUCUUUUAUGGAAACAUACAUGGAGAAUUUUAGUGAGAAUUUCUGGACAGAGCCAUAUAUGAUAGACAAUUCAUAUGUCCCCCAUAAUCACCCUACAAUGGAAGAAACCAAGAAACUUGAAGGAGUUUUUGAGAACAAUAUCGAUCCCAAUAUUACGAGUCCACUAUCUUCACAACCAUUUUCAAGUGGAUUCUCUUGCAUAACAACAGAAAAUUUCGCUUCCACUAUAUCACAUGAAAAUUCAGUUUUUGAUGGUAGUGAACUUCCGUUUAUGGAUGCAUUCAUGGAGACUGUGAGUGAAUUUUUUUGGACAGAGCCAUAUAUGAUAGACACUUCCUAUUCCCCAUAUAAGCACCCUACAUUGGAAGAAGCCAAUAAAUUUGAAGGAGUUUUAGAGAACAACAAUAAUCCUAAUACUGCAUCUACCACAAUAUCAUAUGAGAAUCCAAUUCUUGAUGACAAUGACCUUCAUUUUAUGGAUGCAUACAUAGAGAAUUUGAGUGAGAAUUUCUGGUCAGAGCCAUAUAUGAUUGACAGUUCACAUUUCCUUCGUAAUCACCUUACAAUGGAAGAAGCCAAGAAAAUUGAAGGAGUUUUUGAGUACAACAUUGAUCCCAAUAGUGUUAGUCCAGUAUCUUCACAACCAUCAUCAAAUGGAUUCUCUUCAAUAACAAUGGAAAAUGUUACUUCCACAAUAUCACAUGAAAAUCCUUUAAUGGAUGCAUUAUUUCCUGCAGAGUGUGAACAUGAAUACUUUAGUUCUGUGUACGAUGUAGAAUUUUGGAGCCAUACUGCAGAAUAA